UUUCUGCUGUUUCUCAGUCAAUUUUUAGAGGUAAAAUGAACCACAUGAAAGCAACAAUGGCAAGAAAAGCUGUGGUAAUCUUCAUCAAGGUUGUAUGGCUCGCUAGUUUGAUUGUAUUUCAUGCUUAUGGUGAGACUGCAAAGAUGGGUAGCUUUCCAGUGACACAGAGUCCUUACUGUGACAAGAUUAAACAAAUGCAAGGGCUCAAGGUUUCACUUUUCCGCCGUGAUUUGCUUUCUAUUUCACCAAUUUCCGUUUCGCCCUCACCAAGCUAUAACCCCACGAUGUUAUCAAAAUCACGAAUUUAUCGUGUAACUGACUAUGGUGCAGAUCCUAGUGGAAAAUCAGAUAGCACAGAUGCACUCCUCAAGGCAAUUUCUGAUGCUUUUCAACCUCCAAGUGACCGAAUACUGAUGCAGGGGAUCAGUGAUCUUGGUGGUGCAGAAGUGUUCUUUGAAGGAGGCUCUUACAUGAUAAGUAGGCCUUUGCAACUGCCAUCCACUGGUGGCGGAAACCUCUUGAUUCAUGGGGGAUCAUUGCAAGCCUCCAAUGAUUUUCUGGUAGACCGGUAUUUGAUAGAGCUAUCUACAUCUUCAGCUGCUGAAGAGAAACAUGAAAAACACAAUUCCAUGGAAGAGAAGCUUUCCUCAUCAACCUAUAGUUAUGAAUAUAUAACUCUCAAAGAUCUAUUAUUUGACUCCAACUACAGAGGAGGUGGCAUUUCAGUCAUCAACUCACUUAGAACUACAAUAGAUAACUGCUACAUCACUCAUUUCACAUCCAAUGGGGUCUUGGUUAAAGGUGGCCAUGAGACCUACAUUAGAAAUUCGUUCCUCGGCCAACACAUAACCGCCGGUGGUGACCCCGGCGAGAGGAACUUCUCCGGCACUGCAAUCAGCCUAAUGGGAAAUGACAAUGCUGUCACAGAUGUUGUCAUCUUUUCUGCUGCCACUGGAAUAUUAGUAUCUGGUCAGGCUAAUACUCUCUCCGGGAUACAUUGCUACAACAAGGCUACUGGUUUUGGUGGAACUGGCAUUUAUCUACAACUACCCGGCUUGACACAAACCCGAAUCGUAAAUUCUUACAUGGAUUACACCGGUAUUGUCGCAGAGGAUCCAGUGCAAUUACAUGUCUCAAACUCAUUCUUCCUUGGAGAUGCUUUUGUUCUUUUCAAAUCCAUAAAGGGUGUGGUGAGAGGUGUAAAUAUUGUUGAUAACAUGUUCUCAGGAAGCGGUACCGGGGUGGACAUUGUUCAGUUAGAUCAAUCGAAUGGGCCUUUCACAACCAUCGAUCAAGUUGUGAUUGACCGGAACAAUGUAAAUGGGAUGACAUUAAGGGCAACUGUUGCAAGAGGAUUGAAACAGGGGAAUGGAAGCUCAUGGGACAUUGAUUUCAAUCAGGUUCUACUAUUUCCUAACCUCAUAAAGAGUGUAUUAUACACAUUAAGCACAAGCGAUUCGUUCCCUAACCACUCCUUGCGGAAUGUGUCUGGGAACCAUGUUGUGGUUGAAUCAGAUGCGUCAGUAACUGCUAGUAUCUAUGUUAUGGUGGAUCAAAGUCCCGUAAGUACUGGAUGACCUGCUCUGUUGAAGAAGAGAAAGGGGACAGAAAGGGGUGAAUUAAAGCAGUGGAGGAUUCUUACAUCUUACAACAUUUAGUAGCUAAUCAUGAAUUCCUAAAUUUUU